AUCUGACGUCAUCCCGUGGUCACGUGACACGGGGAAUUCCAGCGUUCUCUGCCCAUGACCCUCAGAUUCAUUAUUAUUCAUUAUUUACCAGAUAUUAGAACUCAUUUCAUUCGGUUUCAUUCUCAGACUGAGGCUGAUGUGGGUCUUUAAAUGAUAUUUCUGUUUGAAGAAAAGAUUGAUUUACAUGAAAUUAAACUACAGAAACUGCUGAUUCAGAUGAGACCAAUUCUGCCAAUUAAUAUUCAUUAACGGGAAAUUUUCUGUAAAUCCUUUAUAGGAAAAAAAACAAUUGGGCAAUAAAACUAAUUUUUCGAAUUUUGCCAGAUUGAUCUGAAUAACAAAGGCCCGUCACUGCAUCAUUCGUGAUUUAUUGUGUGAAAUAUAAACAUCAGAACAUAAACCGAAUGCGUUUAGACAUGAAAACCUAAAUAUAAAAUAUCAUAUUUAAAUAUAAAAAUUACAUCGAACUUUACAUUCAGAGAACAUGCAAUGAUGAAUGAAGAACCAGAAGUGUGAUUGACAUUAUUAAAUGGUUAUUAUUAAAGUUUUAGUGUUAUUAAUGUAUCUGCAGUGACUGUAAACUGAGCGAGAUUCACAUUGAGGGUUUUUGAGCCGCUGCUGAUAUUCGACACGUCAGUCUAUAUUUAUCUGUCCUGAAACACUGAACACGAGCACGAGCGCGAGACACUGCAGUAUGGACGCGUAUGAGGCGAGGAGUUGUCUGGAUGUGAUCACGGAGGAGCUGAGCGAGGAGGAGGAGGCCGCUGAUGAAGAUGCAUUUGUGAUGGUGCAGGACUCACUUUCCCCCGAUGCCUUCUGCUCUCAGUGCCGCACACUCACACGCACCGGCGCCGCGGCACACGCGUGUCACACGCUCCUCGCGCCCGCCACCGCCGCGCAGCAGAUGAAGGAUGAACUGUCCCGAAGCAGGAGCAAGCUGAGCGAGAAGAUCGUUGAGAUGGAAAACUUUGCCAGUAACCUGGAGGAGAUUUUCAUCACUGUGGAGGAGAACUUUGGGCGUCAGGAGCAGAACCUGGAGCAGCACUAUAACGAGGUCCUGCAGACGCUUUCACAGAGGAACGAUGCGCGAGCAGCGGCGCUGGACGAGCAGAAGAACCGCAAGCUGGAGCGUCUGUACGGCGAGCUGCUGCAGUGCGGCCAAACACUGGACGCCUCCAAAGAGCUGAUCGAGAGCGCACAGGAAGUUCACCGCAGACAAGACAAACGCGCCUUCCUGCAGGCCGUCAUGCCCGUUAUCAAGAGAGUUGAGCAGUUUUCCAGUACGGAAGUGGAUCUGAAGCUGGGAGUGUCUCUGGACUUUGAUGUGCCGACGACGGAUCUGUCCGAUGUCAGACAGAUGAUGGACUCCAUAAACCUGCUUCCAGCUCCAUCAGCUCCAGUCAUGAACCCUCAGAUCUGUAACUCGGCCACGGACACGUCGCUGCACGUGUGCUGGAGUCUGUUCUCGGACGACACCGUCGAGUUCUACGAGCUUCACUGGCGUCUGAUCUCGGACGACUGCACCAUGGAGACGCCGCAGGACGUGUCUCAGCUGAAGGUGAAGGAGACGCACUGCACAGUGUCCGAUCUGCUUCCAAACGCGCAGUACGAGCUCUGGGUCACGGCCACCAACACCACCGGCAUCAGCCCGGCCAGCGAGAGAGCCGUUUACAUGACGGUUCCCUCUCCUCCCGUCAUCAAGCCACGGCAGUGUGUGAGCAGCCUGGACGCGGCGCUGAUCCGCUGGGACUCUGGAAACACGAACCCUGUGGAGUCGUACACGCUGGAGUUCAGAGAGAGCGACGCAGACGGCAGCAGCACUGCGACUGAGUCCAUCGUGGCGAUCCCGUCCUGCGAGUGUCUGGUGCAGCUGCAGCCGUGGAAGCGCUACAUCAUCAGCGUCAGAGCCGUGAACAUCGGCGGCCCGAGCGAGAGGAGCGAACCCAUCGACGUCUCCACCGCAGGUACGUUUUUCCACCUGUUGGAGGACACGGCACAUCCCAGUCUGUCGCUGUCGGCCGACGGCCUCACCAUGUUCUACCUGGAUGAAGAUCUUCCUCUCAGUCACAUGACCUUCAGCGACAGCACCUUCGCCAGGUGUGUGGCGGUUCUGGGCGACCUGGUGCCCAUCAGAGGGCAGUAUUACUGGGAGAUCGAGGUGGACGAAGACACAGAGUUCCGCGUGGGCGUGGCGUACGAGGACACGCAGCGCAACUCCUACCUGGGCGGGAACAACACGUCCUGGUGCAUGAGACACAUCGUCACGCCGUCCAGGCAUAAAUACGAGUUCCUGCACAACGGCUGGACGCCGGACAUCCGCAUCACGGUGCAGCCGCUGCGGAUCGGCGUGUUUCUGGAUUACGCGGCUGGAAUCCUGUCCUUCUAUAACGCGGCGCUGCGGCAGCACCUGCACACCUUCAGCUGUCACUUCCUGCACUACCUGCACCCCUGCUUCGCCCUGGACAACCCCGGAGCGCUGACGCUCCGCACCGGCCUGUCGGCACCCGCGUACGUCACGCGCCCGUGAUGAUCCGAAGAGAUUCUUGAGCUGAAUAAAGGAGACGGCAGCAUCUG